CAAUCAGAGAUUGUUGCGAAGGUAAUUCCGUCGCAUGUGAGUGGGAUUUUAUGAAAUAUGCAAAUCCGAGCUGUUUUUCCUUUCCGCUGGUGAGAGGUUCGGUUCAGGAUAAUAAGGGAGUUUUGCUGCUUUAAUAAGGCCUGUUUUGAAACAUGCAUCACAUGAAGAAAUAUUUCACCGAGGGACUCAUUCAGUUUACAAUUCUGCUGAGUUUGAUAGGAGUUCGCGUGGAUGUCGACACCUAUUUGAACGGUUACUUCUCGCCGUUAAUAGAGACGGACGGCGGACCGAGUUCGGCUUUCAUACAGACACCAUUUCACCACUUUCGGGAUACAGCAGCGGGCCAUCAGGUGCAUCCUAAAUGUCCCGAGCUUGACUAUUUUUUCGCUAGCCGCAGGCUGCUGAAUGAAGUGCGUGCGCUCGGCUCCCCGGCCCGCUUCCCCACGCGUGUCAGUGCGUGGCUGGUGCACCUGGUACCUGAUGAUAACUCGGAUGUCGAUGAGCAAGACGACCUGGACUCUGGUAACGACGAGGUAAAUACCGAAAAUAUCCGAGAAGUAGAAAAUGACCACGAGAUUGGAGAGGCAUUCGCACUUUCAGUAUCUCAGGAUACUCAUACCACACCAGGGCCUUGCCGUGCAGUAGAAGAACUUUCUAAAGAGGAUGCUUUACUGAACCAGGAGGAGGAGGAUGUGAAAGAUGAAGAAGGGCAAGAGGAAACCAACCCUGCUUUGCUAAACCAGUUGACUCAGAGCUCAGCAUUAGAGCCAGAGGAUCUACUGAGUAGCAGUAGUCUGCCUCCACCUCUUUCUGGACUAGAGCUCCCUCCACAGUGGCAGGACUUCCUCUCUGAUUUUGAUCAUUUUGACCCUAUGGACUCCCAACACAUAUCAGAUUUAGAUGCAGACCUUCAUAAUCCCAUCAGCUAUGAUGUAAGCCUUCAAGAUGCCAUGGUACCAAGGAGAGAUUCCACCACCUGCCGGCCCACAUUAAGCAGAGCACCCCUCUUCCGUCUUGAAUCGACCAAUUCUUCCCACUCAGACCAACCUCAAAGUUCAUCAGGCGCACCUCCUUCUUCACUCUUUCCUAUGUCGGGUAACAGCUCUCGCAACGAAACCUCCCCAUCACAGAUGGGAGGUUAUCUGGAUGAGGCUGUUUUUGAGCAUAUAAAUAUGUUAGAUUUAGGAAAUCUUGGUACAGUUGAUCCUCAGAUUCUGGAUUGCAUACAGGGUGACACAGAUGCUCCAUGGAUGGAAGAUUCAGAUUCUGGUUUGUCUUUAGAAAACAGUUCAAGGAGCGCUGCAUCCCCAUCAACAUCAUCAGAUUCAUUUUGCGAGGAAGAGGGCGGAGCUACAGGUUAUAGCAGCGAGGUGGAGUCAUUCUCUUCCAAAGGAGCAGCAUGUGCUGCUGCUUACCGUGAUUGGUCACCAGUCAACCUUAAUGACCACAUUUGGCAUGACCACACCUACUCAGUCCCACAGGCUCAAAAUUCCACAUCUUGCUGGGUGCCAUCUAUCAAACAGGAAGUUAAGAGUGAAGAUGAGUCUGAACCAGAAGAGAUGAGUCGUGAUGAACGGCGGGUGCAGGCCUUGGGUCUUCCGUUUUCAGCUUUUCAGAUCAUCAACAUGCCUGUAGAGGACUUUCUGGAGCUGUUGGACAGACAGGAUCUGUCAGUAUCAGAAGUGACCUUCUUGCGGGACGUGCGCAGAAGAGGCAAAAACAAGCUUGCGGCUCAGAACUGCCGCAAGAGGAAGUUGGAUGCCAUCCUGGGCCUGCAGGGUGAAGUCGAGGGCCUUGCAGCGCAGCGAGAUGCUCUUUUGCGCCAAAGAGCCCACACAGCCAAGGCACUCUCCGCUGCAGCAGAACGCUUCGACGCGCUCUCGCGGACCGUGUUGAACCAUCUUCAGGAUGAAUGUGGACAGCCUCUAAGCGCUGAGAACUACACACUACAUUGCAGCGCUAACGGACGGGUAAUGGUUCAGCCUCGCACUAGCACCACAUCAAGGACGACAGUUACAAGUGGCAAGACAUCUAAGAGAAAGAAGGACAAAAAACAUUAAGAGACCAUUUUGAGUAUGUGUGUGCGCGUAUGCGUGUGUUUACAUAUUUUUUUGCUGAUGGUCGGUUUCUAUCCUUGAGAAAAGAUGUUUUGGGGCUCUUGUUUGCUUUUCAAAGUUGUAUUCAUAACUCAAGUGGAGGACAGGAAAAGACUUUAACAAAUACUACAUUUACACCAUGGGCGUAGCCACAUUCACUUGCGAGAGGGAAGGUAAUGAAAACACUGGACGUUAUAUGAAUGUGUAUAAAGUAUUUCUAAAAAGAGGACAUUUGAUAAGAAAGAAUAUUUCUUUUUUUUAAUUUAAUGUAAAUGGAAAAUUACUAAGUAAAGAAUGUUUCCGGAUAAAUGCAGUUGGUCACUGGAUGACCAUGCUUAAGGUUCAUUUGUAUUGCUAUUUCUUGCAGGAUAGAGGUUAACAUGAAGAGGCCAACUGGUUUACAAUAACCUUAAUAUAGACAACUUCAACCACAAAUCAGUCAUCAUACAGUAUAUUGCAUCCUUUUACACCUCUUAAAUUGAUCCAAAGAUGAACCAUUUACUCAACCUCAUUUUCUAUCAAACUUGUAUGAUUUGUUAGGAGUUAGGAGGCGAAAAUAUCAUACCCUUACAAUUUUCAAAGAUUCUCCCAUUGUAAUUGCAUGAUUGAUUAAAUAAACGACAAAAAAAAAGAUCACUUUGGAUAAUCUAACCCCUUCAAGUGAAAUGUAAUCCUUAGGCUUUUUUGAAACUGUGACCUACCUUUAAUUUCAAAUGACUGGUUUGAUCAUUCCGCACCCUCAAACAUUUAAAUGCCACUGAGAUGAUUAAACUGUUCCCAUUCAUUAUAUUACUGUCACUUGGUUAGCAAGAACAAUUCUGUUAUGCUUGGGUGGCCUUAAUUGCCUUUUUGAUGAAAUUUAGUGAAAUUACAAGAUUAAAUUGCAUUUUCUUUAUUAUUUUGGUAAGUUUGGUCUACCUCAUGGAACAGCAAUACAGUUUCGAAAAGGCAAUUGCUUUAUUACUUUAAUGAGCAAUUAGUUUGUGAUUUAUAAAACAAAGUAAUACUGGACAUAUGUGAAUAUCUUGUUUUUGGCAGAAUGGAUUAAUUUUGUGUUUGAGAGUUUUGCUUUUCUUUCUAUUUUAUUAAGUUGAUCUAUUUUGUGUGUUUUUUAUAUAUAUUUGUGUGUGUUUUGUUUGGUUGGAACACUUGCCUUUAAUUUUAAAAAGGGAUUUUUAAAAUUUGGUUCUUUUUUAUCUUUUACAAUAAAUAAGAGGAAAAUUUAUUUUUG